CAUUAAUGUGUAAGCAUCACUAAUGUUGCAGCUGGACCUCAAAAUUGUUCUGAGUUGUACUGAAAUUGAAAAUUGAAAAUUUAGUCAACAAGUUGUAAACAAAACAUUGACAUAUUAUUACCUAACAAAUAUUUUGUAACCGACAAAUCCUGUUCAUUCUACCUUUAACAUCACUAAAAGGAGAUUGAAUAAUGGAGCAGGCUGCCAAAUAAUGGACAUUUUUCAGCCAGAAACACAAAAUGCUUCAAAUGAAUGCUAAUGUUCCUCAGUGUCUGUAGGCAAUUUAAUGCUAGCACAUUAGCCAUAACAACUGUAUAAGGUCAUAGUAUGUCAGGGCUGUGUGUCAGCCAGCUUGUUUUGAAGUUUUUCCCCCUAGCAGGCAAAAAUGGAUUCAUGCAGCUUUAAAUGUUUAUUCUACCACUGUUAACCUAAGGCCAGCGUACCAGACAUGUUUCUGUAAAUGCAUGCAUUGAUGCUGAAACUGAACAAUAUCAUCCGUGUGUGGAAAUAACACAGUUUUCAUGCUGCACUGACUUUAUUCACUGACAUAAACAAAUUGCCAAUUCUUGCAUUGUGUCACAGGCCUGGUUCACUUCACCACCUAUCUUGUAAUAACUUGAGUUUCACUCCUGAUAGACAUAUAGGCAAAUUCAUAUUCCAAACUUCGUCUAGCCUGCCAUUACAGUACUGUAAAUAAUACUGUGAAUAUGUAUAUUCUCUAACCUCUCUCCAGCAGGAACAGGCAGGGUGGCCUUAAACUUUGCUGGUGGCGUUCAAUGUGUGAACUGGUACCACGUGCGAUAAGUUAUCCUCACAUUUGUUUUAAUUAUACACAUUUCCAUUGACUUGGCCUUCCUUUUAAUUAUUUUCCCAUUGAUCUGCACUGUAACCAGCAUGCAGGUCAGUGAACAAGAGCUGCUGCUGCUGCUGCUGCUGGAGGCUCGUAUACCAGAAAUAGAGCAAUGACACACACACACACACAUGCAUAAAUCACUGAAACACACAUGUGUACAGAAAUUACAACACUAAUAUACAUGUACAAUUACAUAAAAAAGGGAAAAAGGACACACAGGUAGCACACAUAUGCACAUACAUUUACACUGUGCAUUACACAGCACACACACAUACAAACAACCACAACACACACUGUCUAAUGUUACAUACCUGAAGUGUGUUUUCACUUACACCGUUCAAAAAAAUGGACAAAAAUGGUCUCUCUACCUCUGUACCAGGAUGGAGCAUGGGGACCGAGGGAUGGGCGUCUCUAACCUUCGCUAUGAGGAGGAGGAGGACCAUCAGUCCAUCUACAUUGGCGUCCCAGUGCCUCGAGGAUAUCGACGCAAACGCAGGCGAAGGCGCUCUAGUCGUGAGGCUGCUGACAUGGACAGGGACAGACGCUACAGCCACCACAGACGGCAUGAGCAAGACCGCUACAGAGACAUAGACAUAGAGGAAGGACUUAUGGAUUCACACGAGCAGAGUCUCCAAGACAUCAACCGCACAAUGUCUCCAGCGGCAGAGAGGCUACGUUACAUCCUGACUGAAGAUGAUGACAUGCCCACACCAACGCUCUUCACUGAGAUGGACACUCUACAGCGAGAAGGAGACGAGCUGGAGUGGAAAGAGUCUGCCAGGUGGGUGAAGUUCGAAGAGAAGGUGGAGGAGGGAGGAGAAAGGUGGAGUAAACCACACGUGUCCACGCUGUCCCUGCAUAGUCUUUUUGAGCUCAGGACGUGUCUCCAGACAGGAACAGUGCUGCUGGACCUAGAAGGCUACUCACUGCCUCAGAUCGUUGAUGACAUCAUUGAGAGACAGAUAGAGGAAGGCAUGAUCUCUCCUGAGCUAAGAGAGCAGAUCAGUUUUGUCCUGCUGAGGAAACAUCGACACCAGACCAAGAAGCCAAUCCACCGCUCGCUAGCCGACAUUGGCAAGUCGAGCUCUUCUACCAAUCGGAAUGUAGGGCCCCGAGGUGGUCCGGGGACAGGUCCAGGGCCAAUGGCCAACUUUAACCGAUCCACAGAGGACCUCCAAAUGAAACAGCAGCCUGCCAACUAUGGUCGCCUGCGUCAUGCCCAGAGUAGGAGCAUGAAUGAUAUUGCAGAUGCUCCCAGCACAGACCAGCUAAAAAAUAAAUUCAUGAAGAAGAUCCCCAGAGAUGCAGAGGCAUCCAACGUCUUGGUGGGCGAAGUGGAUUUCCUUAACAAACCCUUUGUAGCCUUUGUCCGUCUGGCCCAAGCUACAACACUAGGAGGUCUAACUGAGGUCCCUGUUCCCACCAGAUUCCUGUUUAUUCUCUUGGGACCCCAAGGAAAGGCCAAGUCGUAUAAUGAGAUCGGCCGAGCCAUAGCUACUCUAAUGGUGGAUGAUCUCUUCAGUGAUGUGGCCUACAAGGCCAGAGAUCGGGAGGACCUCAUAGCAGGCAUAGAUGAGUUUUUGGAUGAGGUGAUUGUGCUUCCACCUGGAGAAUGGGAUCCCAAAAUCCGCAUUGAGCCGCCCAAGAAAGUCCCCUCAGCUGACAAAAGGAAGUCAGUGUUUUCCUUAAACGAGCUGGGGCAGAUGAACGGUACAGCUGGAGGAGGAGGAGGCCUGGCUGAGGACGAGGAGAUGCCAGUGCAACAUGAGCUGGGGGAGGAGCUGGCAUUCACUGGACGCUUCUGUGGUGGUCUGUACCUGGAUAUAAAGCGGAAAUUGCCAUGGCUGCCUAGUGAUUUCUAUGAGGGUUUCCACAUUCAGUCCAUCUCCGCAGUGCUCUUCAUCUACUUGGGCUGCAUCACCAACGCCAUCACCUUCGGUGGCCUGCUGGGAGACGCUACUGACAACUACCAGGGUGUUAUGGAGAGUUUCCUGGGUACAGCUCUAGCUGGCUCUGUCUUCUGUCUCUUCAGCGGUCAGCCCCUCAUCAUCCUCAGCUCCACAGGUCCCAUCCUCAUCUUUGAAAAGCUCCUGUUUGAAUUCAGCAAGAACAAUGACAUUGAUUACAUGGAGCUGCGUCUGUGGAUCGGCAUCCACUCCUGUCUGCAGUGUUUCAUCCUGGUAGCUACAGAUGCCAGUUACAUCAUCAAGUACAUGACGCGCUUCACUGAGGAGGGCUUCUCCAGCCUCAUCUCCUUCAUCUUCAUCUCUGAUGCCAUCAAGAAGAUGGUGGGCUCCUUCAAAUAUUACCCCAUCAACACCGACUUCAAGCCGGACUACGUCACCGCCUACAAGUGCGAAUGCCUGGCCCCAGACCCGAUUCCAAUGCCAGAUAACAGCUCUAGUGUCUCUGGGUUGAAUGUGACAGCUCUGGACUGGAGCCAGCUGAGCAAGAAGGAAUGUCUGAUGUAUGGAGGCUCUCUGGUGGGAAAGUCCUGCAAGUACGUCCCUGAUCUGGCCCUCAUGUCUUUCAUCCUCUUCUUCGGCACCUACUCCAUGACCGUCUCCCUCAAGAAGUUCAAGUUCAGUCGUUACUUCCCCACCAAGUUGAGAAAACUCAUCAGUGACUUCUCUAUCUUCAUGUCCAUCAUGACAUUUGUUGGGCUUGAUAUGUUGAUGGGACUCAAAACUCCCAAGCUGAUCGUCCCCACAGAAUUUAAGCCAACUCGGCCGGAUCGUGGCUGGCUGGUGAUGCCAUUUGGUAAGAACCCUUGGUGGAUUUAUCUGGCCAGCUUUGUCCCUGCCCUCCUCGUCACUAUCCUCAUCUUCAUGGACCAGCAGAUCAGCGCUGUCAUUGUUAACCGCAAGGAGAACAAACUUAAGAAAGGCUGUGGCUACCACUUGGAUCUGUUCUGGGUGGGCGUCCUAAUGGCCGCCUGCUCCUUCAUGGGCCUUCCCUGGUACGUUGCUGCCACCGUCAUCUCCAUCGCCCACAUCGACUCUCUGAAGAUGGAGAGUGAGUCGAGCGCUCCCGGAGAGCAGCCUCAGUUCCUCGGGGUCAGAGAACAAAGAAUGACAGGCAUUUUGGUGUUUGCUCUCACUGGAGUCUCCAUCUUCCUUGCUCCAGUACUUAAGUUCAUCCCCAUGCCUGUGCUGUAUGGUGUCUUCCUCUAUAUGGGCGUAGCUUCCCUCAGUGGAAUCCAGUUCUGGGACAGGAUUAAGUUGUAUAUGAUGCCAUCCAAGCACCAGCCCGACUUUUCCUACCUCCGCCACGUUCCUCUGAGGAGGGUACACCUCUUCACACUGGUCCAGAUCAUAUGUCUGGCUGUGCUCUGGAUCCUCAAAUCCACCUUCUUGGCCAUCAUCUUCCCCGUUAUGAUCCUUGGUCUGAUGGUUGUCCGAAAGAUGCUGGACAUGGUCUUCUCCCAGCACGACCUGGCCUGGCUGGACGACCUCCUGCCUGAGAAAGAGAAGAAGAAGAAGGAGGACGAUAAGAAGAAGGGGAAGGAGAAGGAGAAGAAGAAGCCCAAACCAGAUGUCAGCGAGGAAGAGGACAAGUGCCACGCCUACUCUAACCACUCACCCAGCUCAGAGUCAGACUUGGAUCGCAGCAUCACCCUCCACCUGAAGAUCUCCUGCCCGUCAUCUCCUGCCAUGCCUAUUGGCCGAGGGAUGGCCUGCCCCGUGCCCCAGGUCAAGAUCGAGAUGGAGUCAGACUACGACUCGGACAUCGACCACCACCGCCCUCGAGACAUGAGCAGUGAGACCACAUUAUAAAGCUGAGACUCGACGUCUUGUUGACAGAGCAACCCACAACUAGGUGUGGGCAAACUACUCCAAGCAGCCAGUGCUGACCCACAGACAGUACAAGGUGGCACAGACUGACAGCUGUGAACACAGUGACACCUUAACAGACUAGCUGAUAUGGGACUGAUCCAAUCAAUACAGUUGGAACUGCAUCGUCUUUUAAAUUGGUGCAUUUUUGUUUUAAAUAAUAUAUUAAAUACUUUAUUUAUUUAUUUACUUGUAUGAUGUACAUAGCCAUAAUAAGAGAGGAAAUGUUUAUCUGUAUGUGCUGUAUAGGAUAAUAUAUUAAAUUUGAAAAUAUUUAUCUUUAUACAUACUAGCGAUAUAUUGAUACUGUAGUAUUAAUGUGAUUACUUCUAACUAAUCUUGAAAUCAGUACACUGUCAAAACUUACACUUAAAAAUACUACAAUAAUUUCACAUCAGCCUGUGUGUACAGUUUGAUUUUGAAGCAGGAAAUGUGAAAACAAGCACCAUUUUCAAACAGAACUAUUUACCAUGAGAUUGUAAAGUCUACUGUACAAAGCCAUGCCUUCUACUGUAUGUUAGCCUUUGCAUAUUUGAGUUUUGGUGUUGGUUUGAAUAUGCUGUAGUGUGCCUCUGAUCCCAGAAAACCAGCUCUCCUUUCCCUGUGUCCCUCCAGUUCAUCACUCCAUAUUGGCACAUUAACCUGGAACAAAAAGAAACAACCAAAAGGUCCUGAUGUUGCUGAAAAGGAUAGAUUUAUUAUGCCGAAUGUAGCGUGCAGGUUUAUAUUUGUGUUUUUACUCUCAAAGACUUUGUAUAAGAACAUAAUUAACUUCCACCACAACACCACAUGCACGCAAUAACAAGAAAUGCACACACAAUGGAUAUUCAUGAAUUGACAGAUAAAGUUUAUGUAAUUAAAAUUCCGUUAUUCCAAAUUA